AUGUCACAACCUUCUCGACAGAUAAAGUGUGUUAUUGUUGGUGAUGGAACUGUUGGUAAAACUUGUAUGCUAAUUUCAUAUACAACAAAUUCAUUUCCUGUUGAGUAUGUUCCCACAGUAUUUGAUAAUUAUUCUACUCAAUUGACUUAUGAUGGAAAUACUGUUAAUCUAGGGCUUUGGGAUACAGCUGGUCAGGAGGAUUAUGAUAGAUUAAGACCUUUAAGUUAUCCACAAACAGAUGUAUUUGUGCUAUGUUAUAGUGUUAUGUCACGAGUAUCUUUUGAUAAUGUUGUUAAUAAAUGGGCACCAGAAAUAAGAUUACAUUGUCCAGAAACUCCAAUUAUACUUGUUGGUACAAAAAUAGAUUUACGUGAUAAUCCUGAAGCAAGGAAGACACUUGAUACAGAGAAUCAUUUACCAAUAUCAAAAUCACAAGGUCAGAAGAUGGCUAAUAAGAUAAAAGCAGUUGCCUAUCUGGAAUGUAGUGCUUUAACACAACAAGGACUUAGACAAAUUUUUGAAGAGGCUUAUUAUAUUUUAAAAAAAAAUAACAAGAAGAUGAAAAUAACAUUUUUACAUCCUGAUCUUGGAAUUGGUGGAGCAGAAAGAUUAAUUGUUGAUGCAGCAAUAGCUUACAAAGAAAAUGGUCAUACAGUAGAUAUUGUUACAAAUCAUUACUCAGAAGAUCAUUGUUUUGAAGAAACUAAACAGUUUAAAGUAACUACGAUUAAUAUAUUUCCACGUUCUAUAUUUGGAAGGUUUGUAGCAUUGUGUGCUUACAUUCGAAUGAUUAUUGCAGCAAUAUGGAUGUGUAUAUUUAGAAGAGAUAGUGAUAUUUUUUUUGUUGAUACAGUAUCAGCAUGUUUACCUAUAUUAAAAUUAUUUACCACUUCCAGAGUUAUAUUUUAUUGUCAUUUUCCGGAUCAGUUAUUAACAAAACGGGAAAGUUUUUGUAAAAAAAUGUAUAGAUAUUUUUUGGAUGGUAUUGAAGGAUACACAACAGGAUUAGGUGAUGUUGUAUGUGUUAAUAGUAAAUUUACAGAAUCAAUUGUUAGAGAAACAUUAACUCCAUUAAAGGAUAGAGAUUUGGAGAUAGUUUAUCCUUCUUUAAAUACAAAACAUUUUGAUAAACAGGAAGAAUGUGAAAUUGAAAUUAUUCCAAAGAAUGCUGAACAUAUUUUUGUUUCUAUUAAUAGGUUUGAAUUUAAGAAAAAUGUUGAGAUUGCUUUAAUGGCAUUAGAUUGUUUAAAAAUGGAAUUGACAGAUGAUGAAUUGAGUAAAGUUUGUGUUAUUAUAGCUGGUGGUUAUGAUAAAUUAAAUAAAGAGAAUGAAGAAAAUUAUGAAUAUUUAAGGAGAUUAGGAAAGAAUCUUGAUAUUGAUUCUAAUAACCUAAUUUUUAUGAAAAAUCCAACAGAUCAAGAAAAAGUUCAAUUAUUAAGAAUGUGUAAAAUGUUAAUUUAUACUCCAUCAAAUGAACAUUUUGGUAUUGUUCCAGUUGAAGCAAUGUAUAUGGGAAAAGGUGUCAUAGCAAUGAAUAGUGGUGGUCCUAAAGAAACAAUAAAAAAUGAGGUAACAGGAUUCUUAGUAGAUGAAAAUCCAUCAGCAAUGGCAGUUAUAAUGAAGAUGGUUGUUCGUAAUCAAAUUGAUUUUAAAAAAAUGUCAAUAGAAUGUAAAACACGAGUAAAAAAUUUAUUUUCUUUCGAUUUAUUUAAAGAAAGAUUAGAAUCAUUGUUAUAA